AUGUUUCAAAGCGAAGAUUUUGGAUCGUGUGUUCCUAGUUUUCUCACUUCAAAUGUUAAUGGGCUACUGAAAAAGUAUACGACAUCAAUAAUGGCUUGUUUGGUUAAGGGAGUGUACCUUGCAGAAAGAGAUAGACAAGAAGUGAGACAAGGUAAUCAAGAGACAGCCCCAGCUUGGUGGAAAGCUUUUAAUUUCAAAUGCAUCAAAUUCCUCAAAGAUGCAGUAGAUUCCUCCAUUUUUGGGGCCAUCUUUGAGAAUAUGGAUCCACAAGAUGCAUCUCCUACGCAUGUAAUUGCAAUCCGAGGCACGAUGCUUAAACCAAAAACAGCAAUACGAGACGUCUAUUUGGAUGCAAAGAUUGCCCUAAACGAGCUAAGUCAUAGGCAUAGCUCUCGGUGCGAAAUCGCAUUAAAAGCAGUAGAAGGCAUAAUAGUAAGAAGCACAAACUUUACAAAUAUAUGGUUGGCAGGGCAUUCGUUAGGUGCAUCUAUAGCAUUACAAACAGGAAGAGACAUGGUUAAAAAAGGUUAUGAGCUAGAAACUUAUCUUUACAAUCCUCCAUUCCCUAGAUUUCCCUUGGAGAUAAUCAAUUGUCAAAAAGCUAAGGACGGGGCACGUAUUAUGCGAAGUGUUGUAAAAGCCGGUGUUUAA